GAGACAGUAGCUGUAUCCUUUUUAGUCAAAUUAAGUUAUUACAUGUAUAAUAUAUCAAUAAGGUGUUUUAAUUAAUUUAAAGAAAGGUAUUUCUGUUUUUAGAAGAAAUUACAAAAGUAAUGGAUCGUAUCGUAGAUACAUUAUUGAGUCUACUACAGGACGAAGAACGAAUGCUAGGAAGGGAUGAAGCUAUAUAUUCCUUGGAUGACUUGAUCAGCAUUGGAGUCUGUCCAGAUCAUUCGAAGAGUUUCUGGAAGAAAAAAUACUGCACUAUUAAUCGGGUAUGUCAUCGUUCAUUGCUGUCGCGAUUCUGAGUCUCUUGACGAUGCAUAACAUCACGAAGCUCGUAACAUCGCGUCUUUCCGCCGAUUCGAUUGGAAUACCAAUCGAAAAGAUAGCAAAAGUGUAAAUAAAACAAGAAAGAAGAUGCGAACGUGACGGAAUAUAAUUAUUUUCUCUCGUUUUUCUUCUACUAGGAAUUAUUUAAUUAAUCAGAUAAUUAUUUCAGGCGUUGAUUACACGAUUUGUUUGGACAUAGAAAGGGAAAACGAUCGGUGCGAAAUAAUGACGAAUAAAAUCAUUUCCGACGAUAGAACAACUGUCUCGGAUAAUACCCCAAACAGAUUACACUAUACUUGGCUAUCGCAGCAGUGCGAGGUGCGCAUCGGUCCCAAGUAUGUUAUAAGAAAAUACAGUUUCUUCGAGAAUGGAACAUUUCUCCUGCUGCAAUAUCAUUAUGCCGAAGACUCGUGCAGCAUCGCGACGUACACCGUGGUGGCUCGAGGUUCUAUUGAAAUUUCCUCGCCUUCAAUUACAGUCCCAGGUGCCACAGAAGCUAAUGUUCAACUAUUUUCAGUUCACUUGAUACCUUUUAAUAGACAGAUCGCUCACAAAUUUGGACAUAAGAUGAAUUCGAGUUGCGGUGGUAUCGAAACAAAGUGGCGCCCAUAUUCGUCGCAACUAAUUUAUGAACAUCCCGGAGAUUUUCCGUCGACCGUAAACGAUUACGAAUUGAAUUCGAAUUCGUUACAGAGUCGAUUACCACGACCCAGAAAGCAACACACAUUGGACUGCUUGGAAUUCUUCGGCAUCGAGUUUAUUGAGUUAAGAUUGCUUCGGGUGGAGAUAAAACAAUUCAGUUUAGCAACAAAUUCUUCAAAUCGUAAAACAAACGAUACAGAUAAACAGCGUGGAAGAGUGGAAUUAUUACUCGGUGAACUGACUCGAAAUGUUCGUUCCGAAAAGGCAGAAUCAGUUCCAAAUCGAUUACAAUCCACAACGCUGUUGCGCGCUGACACUGCUAUUGGUUGUCCAAUUUGUGGCAGUGUAUUUCGUGCCACCGAGUUCAGUCCACCGUUGUUUCAUCAAAUUCCUCUAUUUCCAGCCGUGAUCGGCGGCCGUUGGUUGAGCGUCAGGUGUGAAAGCGUCGACGGAGGUUUCUGGUCCAGGAGAUUUUUUCGAAUAUACUCGGAAGAUAAUCGAUGGUCUGCACGUUGGACGUAUUAUGCUGAUCCAACAUGUUCGAAUUCCUUGUACGUAGUUACCGCAGCUGGUAAUUACAUUCAGCGAGCAUUUGGACAAAAACGAAGUGGGACAAGUCGAUUUAGGAGGGUCUUCAAUACUCGAAAUUCUGAACGAUUAAGUAAAAGGACAUUCAACGACGAUGUUGAUGCAAAUAAGUUCAAAGAUGUCGUGCUACCCUUUGGUACAACAGAAUUAGAGUUACAGAUUGUUGAGAGUCUGUCAAUUCCUGUCAGCAACGCAGUAUCAACUCUUUGUGGUAGAACUAUGAAAGGAAGUAAAGAAACUAAAAAAGUAAAAGGAGUGUCAGCAAAAUCAGGGAAAAGUUCCAUUUUGUAUUUAUGGUCGAAAAGUUGUGUACCACGAACUGUUCAGGCUCCAGCAACUUUAUUAUUUAAAGCGAAAGUCAGUCUUGAUUGGAACGGGGAUUACAUACUUCUUCUAGCCUCGUGGAAAGAUGAUCUCUGGAACGCGCCUCUGUAUCGAUGCUCCGGAAUUGCUUCACGAAAUUACUUUCGAACGGAGAAUAGUUUGCGUGGUUCUCUACACGAGUAUUCAUAUCAUCUGCCAUUUUUUAAAGCACGCAAUCGAUUCAAACGUCUGAGCAGACAUGGACGACACUGGUUCUCUUCCACCUUUUCUUCUUAUUUUUUGACCAGCGGUGCUUUGUUCGCGCACCCAGCACCAUUACUUCUUUUAUACUGCUUUCUUGCCGUUAAUAAACCACAGUUCAUAGAGUGAUGAGAGUGUAUAAAUUAAUCGUAUAAACUGAUUAUCGAAAAUUAACGCAUUAUAUGAAAAUUACAACUCUGUAUUUUAAGAAUGAUAAAGUGAAGAAAUUAUUCGUAAAAUACGAGUGAUUAAUUGAUACUAAAUCCAA